GACAGGAUCAAUACAGGACAUCAGUGAUGUGGAGAAAAAGUCUGAUUACGUGACAAACAAGCAGAACAGGGAUAAUCCUACGGAAGGAGGUUCAGUAUGUGUCGGAAUAAGCAAAGUGAAACAGGCAAGCUGCUAGCAGGCGCUGCCCAAGCAAAGGUGCAAAGGCAGGAAUGCGCCUCAUGUGCGUGAGGGGGAACCGGUUUGGUCCAAGCCGAGAUGCUACGCACCCAGAGAAGUGAAAGGAAACUUGGUGUAGCUGAAAUCGCAGACGGCCUUCGAUGCCGGCCUGAAGAAUCAAGGCAUCCCUGCUUCCCCCUGACUGUGUAUUCCGUUCUCCAGGGUUGCUAAGUGAUGCAUUCCAGAGUUCUUGACUAUGAACUUCGGCUGCUGAACCACCACUGGCUCUUUCCACGCGAUGGCUAAGACCCGUGUUUAUUAUGUGCAGUGUUGGACGCGGAUUUACCGCUAUUUUUCGGGGCUGUGUUGGCGUGUGCAGAAGUUCUGGAAUGUCACUGUCAAGCCCUUUUUCGUGAAGAAGGAGGAGGAAGGAGAUGUCCCUUCCGCUGAGAGUAUUUUUCACAAAGAAAAAAUCGUGGUGCUUGGCCAUUUAUUAAAGGAUGAAUCUUUAGCUAUUGAGAAGAGGGCUCAAGCUGCGCACCGAAUUGGACUGCUGGCCUUCACAGGAGGACCAGCUGCUGGGAAAUUUGCAGCUGAGUACAUGAAAGAAGUAGCUCACUUGUUGAAAGAUCAUGACAUGGCACCAAAGGUAAAGAUCUUGUUGCUCCAGAGUAUAGCGUGUUGGUGUUACUUAAACCCCGUCAGCCAGAAGAGGGCCAAACAUCUGAAGUUUAUUCCUAUCCUCGUUGAGGUUUUUGAGGACAAACUCGACUCUAUGACCAAAAGUGAAAUAAACAACGGCCUCCUUGUUAAAUUCUGGACUUGCUAUGUUCUCUCCGUCAUGACGUGCAAUAACUUGUCCUGCGUAAAGGAGCUUAAAAACUACAGUAUUCUGAAAUAUCACUUGCAAAUACUGGCGACUGAGAAUUGGUCUGGGUGGCCUGAGAAUUUUGCAGAGGUGCUGUAUUUCCUAAUUGGUUUUCACAGGAAUUAAUUUCUCCGAAUGCAGCUGACGCAGCUGUCUAUACCACAGCCUGGAAAACCGGAAUAAAUAAUAAAAAGUCGAUACAGUCUUCUUCGGUGUCUUCUUUUAGGUAGUUAAGAAAUUCUACAUAAAUCUUCAACGGUCACUGAAAUAAC